UCCUCCGCCUCCUCUGUGAGGGCUCGGCCGUUGCUUUGCGUCGCGCCGCGCCCCGCCCCUGGCUGAGUCGGGGAUGCGCUGCGCGGCGGCUGCUCGCAGGAGCUGCGCGGCAGGCGGGGAGCGGGAUGGAGGUGGAGGAGGCGUUCCCGCUGGUGGGACAGAUGGGGUCCUACCAGGUGUACCUGUGCGUCCUGUUGGCCGUGCUCCUCCAGCUCUACGUGGCCACUGAAGCUAUCCUCAUUGCACUGGUGGGGGCAACUCCUCCCUACCACUGGGAUCUGGAAGAGCUCUUGGCUAAUCAGAGCCAUAGCAACCAGUCAGCGAGUGAGCAGAGAGCCUUUGGCGAAUGGCUUCUGACUGCCAAUGGCAGUGAGGUUCAUAAGCAUGUACACUUCAGCAGCAGCUUCACAUCAAUAGCCUCUGAGUGGUUUUUAAUCGGCAACACAUCAUACAAAGUCAGUGCUGCCAGUUCUUUCUUCUUCAGUGGUGUGUUUGUUGGAGUAAUCUCCUUUGGUCAGCUCUCAGAUCGCUUCGGAAGGAAGAAAGUUUAUCUCACAGGUUUUGCCCUUGACAUCCUGUUUGCCAUUGCAAAUGGAUUCUCACCCUCAUAUGAAUUCUUUGCCAUCUCUCGCUUCUUGGUAGGGGUUAUGAACGGUGGGAUGUCGCUAGUGGCCUUUGUUCUACUGAAUGAGUGUGUGGGUACUGCCUACUGGGCAUUAGCAGGAUCCAUUGGUGGCUUGUUCUUUGCUGUGGGAAUUGCCCAGUAUGCUUUGUUAGGGUACUUCAUUCGUUCCUGGAGGACUCUGGCUAUUGUGGUUAACCUGGAAGGAACAGUAGUCUUCCUCCUCUCUCUGUUCAUUCCAGAGUCCCCCCGCUGGCUAUAUUCACAAGGUCGGCUGAGUGAAGCAGAAGAUGCCCUCUACCUCAUUGCAAAGAGGAACCGCAAGCAGAAGUGCACUUUUUCAUUAAAACUUCCAGCAGAGAGGAGUCCCAGAGAGGCCGGCAGCUUCUUGGAUCUGUUCCGAUACAGGAUUCUCUUGGGACGCACUUUGAUCAUGAUGUUCAUUUGGUUUGUGUGCAGCUUGGUUUACUAUGGUCUUACCCUUAAUGCAGGUGACUUAGGUGGAAGUAUUUAUGCCAAUUUAGCCCUUUCCGGGUUGAUAGAAAUCCCAGCAUACCCAAUCUGUAUUUACUUGAUUAACCAAAAAUGGUUUGGUCGAAAGCGAACUUUGAGUGCAUUUCUAUUCCUGGGAGGACUGGCUUGUCUUAUUGUCAUGUUUCUUCCUGAAAAGAAAGACACAGGAGUGUUCGCAGUGGUGAACAGUCGCUCCCUGUCUUUGCUGGGGAAACUGACAAUCAGUGCUGCAUUUAACAUUGUUUACAUCUACACAUCGGAACUUUAUCCCACAGUGAUCAGGAAUGUUGGAAUGGGUGCCUGCUCCAUGUUUUCCCGUGUUGGUGGAAUAAUUGCUCCUUUCGUCCCUUCAUUGAAAUCUGUACAGUGGUCUCUGCCAUACAUCGUGUUUGGAGUGACUGGUCUUUUGUCUGGGCUUUUAAGUUUAUUGCUGCCAGAGACUUUAAACAGCCCUUUGUUAGAAACAAUUUCAGACCUGCAGGUAUGCUCGUACUGGAGACUGGGUGAUGAAGCCAUGUCAUUGCAAGCACUGGAUGGCUCACAGUCUGGAGACAAAGAUAGUUCUGCAGGCAGUGGAAGUGAAGAUGAGGAGUUUUAUGAUGCUGAUGAAGAAACCCACAUGAUCAAGUAAAGAAAAGAAGAAAUACUGAUCUACUUUAUGCCUUUUCUUACUUGUCCAGUUGAUCCAGCUGUAAGACAAGAAAGUACUGGGAACCACCUGUCAGGGGACAUAAUUGGACAAGUGCCUAUGUCUUUCCUGCACUAGGAAAAGGCUUUUAAUACUGUUCAGGUUCAUUAUACCACUGAUGGUCUUCAUGUGUGACAGCCGUUCAAAUUCUUAUGGUACAGAAUGACAAUACACAGACUACGUUUGAAGCCAGGUGAGAUGGUAAGGGAGGGAUAGUGUAUUUCUGAAACCUAGGAAAUUAUCCACCAUUUGGACACGUCAUCAAUGCGCACACUUGUAUUUUCUUUUCAAGGUGGUUUAUUUUGAGUCAGCAUAAAUAGGUAAACUUGAAAACAUUCACUUUUUUUUUUUCUGUAGAAUUGAAAUUGGUCACAAUGUGCUGUGCGCUACUCCAGUGGGAGCUAAUUCCUGAAACUGUAUGUUAAAAUGGCUUCAGCAUGUUGGGUAGGGGAGGGGCAAACUGUGAGCAUAUGGUAUCUCCUUUUGCACUCGGACAGAGUGUCUAGAGUUACAGGGUGCAGCUGGUUAGUCAUGAGCUGUGUGCAAACUUAGUAAUGCUGAAAGGAGGGGCUACUGGAAAGAACAGCCAUAAAAUCUGCAGACGUACGGGACAUUUCUCUGACUUCUCUUUCCUUCCUUUCAUCCACCAAGCGUUUCUUUUUCGGCUGUCUUAUGUGCAAGUUUGUCAUGUGUUCCCACAUCUCAGAAUUGCUGUUGCAUAGUUUUGCUUACUUUAACCUUGCCCUUGCUUUGCCGUGAAUGUUGAAGCCCAGCGACUUCUUUGUCUUUGCAGUGUAAUAAAACUCUUAGAGGAAAUCGUUUCAUAAGCGGAACACAAGUGAGGUAUUUAUCACAUCCUAUGUAAUGAGGUUUGUGUUAGAAUAUAUACCUCAUAUUUCUGUGGACCAGCUGUGUCUAUUUCUGGAGGAAACUUGACUCUGAAGUGGUAUGAAGAACUAUAGGUUGCUGCUACAUUUUGGGGGUUAUUGCCAGGAUGCUGCUACUAUUUAUUUUAAAUUAUUGUGUCUAGAUAGAGUUCUUAGAAAACUAUUUGAGCCAGCAUUUUUUUAGUUACUUGAGCUUGCUAAGGAAGAGAACUUCAUUCUCCCGUUCACACUGAACUUCUUAUAAAUGCUUCAUUAGAGGGAUGUCAGAUCUUGAAAUAUAUAACAUGAGCAUAUGAAAUGUUGCCAGCUACAAAGAUGAAGCCUUUUUACAAGGAUUAAGUUUUCUUGAUUACAGUCAUCAUCAUCCUUUCACCUGUGAUAUUUAUUAAGUUUGGUUUCCAUAAAAUGCGUGUAGUUUUUAUACUUGGAGUUCCCAGUAAAGUGGUACAAAGUGUCUGCAAGUACAUUGUCAGAGUUGCUAGCCAUUUUUGUGCAUAUUAGCUUAAAAUUGGAUUUAAUUAAAAAAUAAAAACGAAGAAGCUACGUCUAUUGAAUUUAUUCCAGUUAUAUACGGAAGCUUAUUUACUCUGAAAGGAAAUAAGAGUAAACAGCAUCUGAAGUUUACAGCAAGCUGCUUGAACUUUGUUCACUUGGAACCUGUAACAUUGAGCAAAGUGCAACUACUCUGGUUAGUGCAGAGAGCAGCCCAGGGACUUUACAUUCUAGCAUGCAGUACUCCUGCUUGACUGAACUCGAUCCAGGCAUUCGUUGUCAGCAGAGUAGGGAACUUCAGUCCUUGUGGACAACGUAUCAGUUCAGUGAUGAUGACUUCCAUUAAAUAACCAUUAUAGGAGUCAUUAGAAGAAUUCCAGCCUGCAGUCUUCACUUUUUUUUUCCAGUUGUGUAGCUCUUGUGGAGGUGGCAGGACACUUUUAAACCCUGCUGGAUAUUCUUUCUGCCUUAUCUUGGCCCUCUUGUGUGUUUAAAAAAAAAAAAAAAAAAAAAUUACCACAACUAAGGUACCUGGAAAUACUUGGAAAGCUUGAUUCUAUAUGAAAGAUUUUUUUCUGGUUUUUUUUAGUUAGGCUGUUUUAGGGGGGUUUAGUUUUGCAUUCACACUUCAAAUUAUGGACAGCCAGAAAAAUAACUCUUAAUUUUCUUUAUUUUGUUGUGAUUGUUUCUAAGUAUAUCAAACAUGCUUGCUUAGAAGCAAACAGUGGUAAGCCUAGAAGUACUAGCAUGCUGCCCUGACCUCAAGUUUCUUAUGGGAUUACUGCCUCUGUCCCACUUCGGACAGUAGAUAGAGUGAGCUUUCCUAGCUCCACAGUUAUGUUGUCAUUUGUGAUACUGGCAGCCCUGGUAAUGCCAAGGCAUACUUCAGUGUAGUUUUCAUUACAACAAUAGGAUAUUGUGACAGAUCAGGAGGUCAGAUCAUUUUGCAGGACCUGAGUUGGAUUUUGUGACAGUCCUCAAUUUAUAGAGAAACUCACGUCUCCACUCCUGCAUUUUUGUAUUAUAAAUUAUAUAUGUAAAAUAGCAAAAGCAGGUGUGAAGAAAACAUCCACAAUUUUUUUUUCCAUAAAAGUUACUUCACUUUUUUUAACCUUUAUUUAAAUCUUUCCCAUGUUUUCACCUAUGGAAGUUUAGAGGGCAGCUGCUGCUUUUUUGUGUCAACCAUAGGGGCUCUUUAUUGUUACUUUUCCUGGCCAGUUAGUUCAGCUAUUUUAUAGGAGAGAAACUCUCCUGGCAGAGCUCAGCAAUGUAGCAUUAGGAUUCUUAAAAUUACUUGCCCUCCCACUUACUUGUGCUCUGAAGUGCAAAUCCCUUAUUUGUAUUUAGUUUCUUUUCAGAAGUUUGUUAAAACUGGCCUCCUAUAGAAUCACUUUUUUCCUUACCCAGCAAGUAUAAGGCUUUAUAACAUGAGGUACUUGUACCAUAUGUAACACUCACUGAGGAGAUAUGUUCCAAAGUGUUCUGUAGCACAUGUGAUCAGUGUAUUCUGCAUCUAGGUGGAGCAUUAUUGUUAAGCAGAAGUUCUUCAGUUGGACAGUGCCCUACUGUUGUGAGUCUCACAGCCAUGCUACUUGAAAGCCUGAGUCAGAAGGUCAGAGAACUCCUGUCUUUCAAGUUAUAUGUAAGCAGUCUUAGUAAGUCUAAGUUUUGGACAGUAAAUCUGCACUGAGGAGCUGCUGGAGAGCUGAGGCUGGUGCUGCACUAGAUGUAUCACUGUCUAUGGCAUACUGUAGUACUAAGACUCUGAGGGAUCAGUAUCCUUGCUAUAGUUGAGUGAAGCAUGACAGUGGUAUCCCAUGCUUGUUGCUAGGGUAGCUUUGUAUACUAAGCAACCUAUGCUGUUCACUGGUCCUAGUGUUGUGCAGGCACUAGGUUACCUCCAAAGUGGUAACUCCUUCCGUGGAUUUCUUUGCUUUUGCAGUAGUCAGCCCUUUUCAGCUGACUCACUUGGUGAGAUUGUGCUAGAGAUGAAACUUCUGCACAGUCCUGAUUAGUCAGCUCUUACCAUGGUCUCUGGUGAGACAUGUUUGGGAUUCUGUUACCAGGAGAGCCCACAAGUGGUAUAUGAAUACAGGUAGGAGUGAUGGGUAGUGACAAGUCAUGUGAGAUAGCAUGGAGGAGAAUUAGCCAAAGGCAGUGAAAAGAAUAGUGGAUUCAAAGAAGUGCUUUAGAGCAAGGGUAAGGGAAAACAGUGGAUACUAGCUCAUAGGGAGAAAUGCCCUUCAUGCUGUUUGUGUUGUCUUGAAACUUCUCCUUUCAGAGCUAGCAUUGGUUCCAGGAUGUCCUGUUAGAGGCACAGGUUUCCUCAUUCCCUUUUUAAUGCCAAGUUUGUUAGCACUGCUGCUUUAAUGAUGAAACUUUAUCAACUUUUUCUUUUGAUCAAGAUAAAAUAGAUGUGGCACUUUUCAGUUCUCUUCUGGACUCGGCUUUUUUACUAAAUGGCUUAUGAUUAAAAUCAUUAAAAUUUCUAAGCCCUCUGAUGGAGAAUGCUGUGUAACUAGGCAUCACUUAAUUUACCAGCUUCACUUCAGGAAAAGGUAGGAAGAUUGUUUGAUACACUUGUGAAGUGAUACUUUAGCCUUCUAAAGGAUUUUGCGACCUGGCUGUUUUUUUGGAAGGUUGAAGAGUGGAACAGGGAAGUGAUUUGGCAUGUUUAUUUUUUAAGCCUCUUCCCUUGAAAACAAACAAAGAUAGUGAUCUGCUUUUAGGGACUGGGAAAGUGCUGUACUUCAGUGAUUCUGUGAGUGAUCCUUCACAUACCACAAACUGAGAAGCUCUGUGUGAAAGCAGAGCUGCAGGUGAAUCGGUGUUUAGAGCAGGGUGCUGAAUGAAGAACACAUCAGCCUCUCUCCAGAGACACCUAGUUAACAUGGAACAGAUUGUAGCUAGUUGCCACCUUUGUUAUGGUACAGCCUGUAAAGGUUACAGCCCCAUGUUGAUCUGCUUGCAGUGCACGAUCUGUGACAAGGUUACAGGCCACAUGGCUUCACUGAGAUUGGCCAUCUAUCCCUGGCAGAACCACGGGGAAUGCAACUGAGCACUUUCCAGUAUAUUUCAUCUAAGGGUGUCAAAGCAGUUUGCAAGAGAACAUUGUUUCCUUAAGUGUGCUAGGAAGGAAGAGGGUGGAAGUGAGGAACAGAGAUGCUUACUUGUCCUAGAGCAUGUUAAUGAAAAGGCCUGGGCUAAAGCUCUUGUUCCUGAGGUUUUCUGCAUAAUCUUAUAAUGUAGGUUUGGUCAGUAUUUUAUAAUUUAUUUCAGCUGAAGGAUGAUGUGCUAUCUAUAGCUUUUUCCCAUCCUUGUUUGAACUUCUUUAAUCAUGCUUUUUGACACAGCUGAAGCUAGGCAUUCAUGCAUGCAAGUUGCCAGUCUGGCAAUAAAAGUGUCAGAAAACCCCAUGAGUAUCACUGUCUUUUGGUGGAAGUUAGCCUGGCCUGGCACCUGCUUACACCUGUGCCAGAAAUGUCUAUCUUCAGCUGUUCUCCAAACAAGAGAUUGGGAGGUAUAGCUGUAUUUUGAGUUUCAUUGUGUCUUAGUGCAGGAUGUAUUUAGUGGAGGAAAGAUUCCUACAUAAGGAAAUCUCUGUAGGAGAUCUAAUUGUAGAAACUAGAGAGUAAAGAAAUUUAUAUGAGGUUAUUCCAUACUUAAUAUUUUAAUGCCUUGUCCAGUCUACUGCAGCCUUCAAAUUAUCCAGGUAAAAAAGUUCUUUAAGUCUAACAGAGCUGUAUAAAAAUACCAUCUUAACAGUCUCAAUUUACCAAAUUUAUUUAAACUUAUAUCAUCUUAUUUUUGGUACUGAAGGUUUCUUCUGUCAUCCUGAAAAAAUUCGUAUUGCCUAAUGGGAAGCAGAUUUUUCUGCUCCAAUUUAUUUGAAGUGCCUGUAUCAUAAAAGGCCUUUUAAAUGUUUUUAAGCAGCUUGACAUGGGACUUUGUAUAAAGUAAUAUCAUAGGAUUGGAUGAUGUAAGUGCCAAAGAGUUUCUGCUGGAAUACAGUGGUCCAAAACUAGUUCUAGCUGUGUUCACUUGGAAUUUUUCCAUGUGACCUGCUAAAACUGGUAUUUACAAGCAUCUUUGUGGAGCUUUAGGGGACAAAGAGAGUGUUAUCUUUGUUUGUUUGUCUUUCAGCACCCUGUGCACUUUAGUAGCUCUUGUUUCUGAAACAUUUCUCAUUUUUUGGUAAGACAGUAAUGAAAAAAAGAAAUUAAUUGAUGGAUUUCAGACAAAGUAUAGGAUUUGCAGAACAUGCAGAUUUUGCACUGUGUGGCCGUGUAGAGAAAUCUGCAGAGCCUGUUUGCUUGCAUUGCACAUGUUAAAGCUCACUUUCGAAGGCUGAUAAAACUGCACAUUGGAAUCUGUUAGUUCAUUCACCAGCCUUAAAGAGAAGGGACUGCUGAUAAGGGAUUGCAUGGAACUUCAUAGAAUCCAGCAGAUUCUUAUAAAAGGCAUAGUGAGUUUGAAGUGUUGCUAAAUGAUGAAAUAUCGUAUUGCUACUAAAAAAAAUUCAGAGCAAGUCAGCGCUACCAUGGCUGCUUGUUUGCCAGUGGACAGUCAAGUAUAAAACGUUGUGUGGUGGGAGUUGGCUGCCUUCAGAAAAAUUCUUUAAAAAAUAUAAUCUUCAUUCCCAAAUAUAUAGCACAGUGAAGUGGGACCAUGAAGUGUCACAGUCCUCCCAUAAAAGCAGAACCAAGUGGGACCAUGAGGUGUCACUGUCCUCCCAUAAAGGCAAGCUUAAAGAAUGCAGCAGCUUGAACCAACCAGUUGUCCAGGAAUCCUCAUUUACAACAGGUUUGUAGAUGUCUCUAGCAUGCAUGUUACUACUUCCCAGAAAAACCUCUGAGCUGCUCAUAGUGUGCCUGCUUUGUCAGGAGGCAGGCAAAAAGUAUGGCAGCAUGGAAAACUUUGAUUCCAAUAUCAAAACUGUUAGGUUUCUUCAAAGAGUGCAGAUGGCUCUCCUUGUCCAGUGAGAAAAAAGUAUCCAUCUCAUCUUUUGAAUCCAUAAGACUUUGUUCAAAUAAAAUGAUUUAAAGGGCUGGAAAUUUGACUGGGAGACAGGCAUUUCACGUUUUAGUUUGUAGGAAAAAAAAAUGGGUUUUGCAAACACUGAUUAAAAGAGUAAAAAACUGUUGGUGAUUCUUAAUAAAGCGAUUUAUUAUGGUCAUUGUGAUUUCAAGUGUGCCUCCAAAUGAUUGAUUUUUUUUAAGCCUCGUCGCUUUCCAAAUUCUAAAUCAAUUUUUCUUCUUUCUGUUCUUGUUAAGAUUUGUGUAGAAGUCAUGUAGUCAUUGCAAAUACAUUUUUUUCAUUUUUAUUGCACUACCUUUCUUUCCGGAAUCUAAUACUACUUUGAUAUUUUUUCCUUUAAAUCUACCUCUUUAUGUUGUUUUUUUAAAGUAUCUAUUUUGUAUUUAAUAGAUUUUAGGAAACCAUGUAAUUUUUUUUUUUUUGUAUUUAUGUUGGAAUCCAUGACUUCAAUGAAAAGAUGACUUGUGGCUUUUAAAGGUUUUCUUAGAGGCCUUUUAAAUUUAGUUAAAAGGCUUACGCUUACGAAGAUGAGUUCUCCUGUGUGUAUCCUUGUUUGCCUUUAGAAGGGCCAGAAACUAACGUCAGUUGAGGUAGUGACUGUACAGGGCUGGCAAUUUUUGUGAACAGAACUUGGUACUGUAUUCCCUUUGUGUUACUGUUGUAACAGGACAAGUAAAUGAAACUCAUAAGGCUAUAAUCAGAUACUAAUAGCCAAGUUCUGCAUUUGGUCACAUGUUUGUAUCCCCACUGAUUUCAAAAGACAGAAUUUAGGUCUCCAGUUGACCAGAGGAGCAGCCAAAGUGAGGUAGACUUUAUUCUCUCUGUUCAACCCUUUAUCAUCAUGAGAGCAAAUCUUUGUAUAGUCUCUACAUCUUACAGACUUGGAUAGUUACAUCUUCUCAUGCCAGAGUUCAAUUUGAACCAACAAUCAAAAGUCCUUGUUAGCUAAGAGUUGAGCAAUGGGAAAGAGAAAGUCAAGGGAGUUGACUUUUAUUUGCAGCAGUGCAUCCAGUUGUAUAUAGAUGGGGUAUAUGUGGGUGUAUGUUUUUCAAUAUUUAAUUUGGGUUACUUGAAUACUGAGUGUUAUGAGCCUUCCACAUUAAAACAAGGACUGACAAAUUUCCGAAGUGAGUUUUCCUCUUUUUUUUUCCCCCCUUUUUUCCUUUUUUUUUUUUUUCUUUUUUAACCAUCUUGGUGUGCUGUUGCUAGGUCACAGUUGUAAUGCUGAAAAGUCUGUGUUUUUGGAAUCUUAGUCUGAGAAGUCACUAUUAAAGACAGCACAAGCUUUUUCUCAGUAGUUCUUUUAUAGUGGUAGUAUUCAUACACUCUGUGAACUGCCGUUUGGUCCAUCACUUAUUUUAAAAUAUGUUCUUUGCCAUCGAUGAGGGGCCAUAGUAACAAAUGUAGAAAUAUUCAGAAUAAUUACUUGCCUAUUCUGUUUUUUAAUGUACUUCAUAAGUAUACUAUUUUACCCAUAGCUGCUGUACUUCACUAGUGGUAUACGAGGUAAAUAUCAAAAUCUUUAAAUUUAAAGUGUGAAAUGAGUUUACAAAAAUAAUUCCAAUAAUAUUUUACAUAUUUUUCAGGUGUUGGUGGUAAGCCCAGGUGAAUGUCCAAGUUAAUUUAGUCAAAAAUUAAUGUUGUUGGUCUUUACGUUUUGGGAAGUACUCAUAAUUUCUGAAUUUUUUGAAUAUUUGAAAGACAUUUUUCUUUUAAGACUUUUGUAGAUACUAACCUAUGUUGGUAAGCCAACUUUUAGGUGAUUUGUAACAGCUCUGAUACUGCCUCUGCCUCAUACCGUUCAUAUAAUGUCUUUGUAACUUAUUUUGUGCCUUUUCUUCCCCUGACACAAAAUUCCUCAAUAAAAACAAGCUCUUCUGGAACACUGCAAA